GGGGAGGGUCCAAUUGCGCGCUCCCGUGCGUGCCCACCUCCUGUCUGCCAUCCGAUCCUUCUCCGGUCUGUUCGCUGACUCAGUGCCUUAAGCAGCAUCACCGUUCACCUAAACAGUACUACAGCAUCCUCUGCGGAGAAAUACAUCAGCCAUGGCUAAAACAGCAACCGCAUACAAAGAGAAGAUGAAGGAGUUGUCUGUCCUCUCCCUCAUCUGCUCCUGCUUCUACCCAGAGACACGCAACAAGCUCAUCCAUGAGUUUGAAGACAUGGAGGUGAAACCUAUAAAGAAUCGGACCUCUGGCCAGGCAUUUGAGGUGAUUCUCAAGCCUCUGUCUCCAGUGUCAGAAGUAUCCCACAACUUGUCCUCACCCCCCAAGAGGGACAUUUCCUUGGAGGACAUUGAGAAGAAACUGGAGGCUGCUGAAGAUCGAAGGAGGUAUCAGGAGACCCAGGUGCUGAGGGCUUUGGCAGAAAAGCGAUAUCAUGAGAGGGAGGUGUUGCUGAAGGCCAUGGAAGAGAACAGCAACUUCAGCAAAAUGGCUGAGGAGAAGCUCCAGAUGAAGAUGGAGCAGAUCAAGGAGAACCGUGAUGCCCAUCUGGCAGCCAUGAUUGAGCGCCUACAGGAGAAGGAGAGGCAUGCAGCUUUGGUGCGCAAGAACAAAGAGCUGAGGGAAGAGCUGACAGCAUGAACCUCGCUCAAGUCCUGACUUCCAUGGCCCAUCAGUGUCCCCUCAUUCAUUCCUGCUCCCUUCCUUGUCCUGCCCUCACCCCCCUCAGAACAGACACCCAAUCCUGGAGGCCGAGAGGUUCAAGGACCUCAUCACCCAAUCACAACACACCACACCACCAGUACUCACCACUAUCAGUAUUAUCAGUGGAUACAAACAUCAGUAACACUCAUCUUGAGAAUGGUUUUGUUGAUUUAAGGGAAAAUGUGAGAAUAUGGCUAUUAUUUUGUAAAUACUUUUUUCUUAAAUUCUAUCUAUCUAUCUAUUUAUCUGGUAGGUGAAGUACAUACAAAGAUUGUACUGUGCUGCACUAUAUGAUUUCAAACAUUUUGUUUGUAAUGGAGUAUUUGUUUAAGUUCUUGAAAUUUGGGUCUGCAACCAUUUUCUUGUGAAAGCCCUUGGUGUUGUGAGUUGACUGUAGACUGACAUUUGCGAUGUUUCCUGAUGAUGUCAUGAUGAUGAUGAUGAUGAUGAUGAUGUUUCUGUGUCUUUGUAAAGAAUGACGGUCGGUGAAGCUAUGAACGUAUGUAUCAGCUGUAUCUUCCUCACGCACACCUACUCAUUUUCAACACGCACGCUUGGAACUUAAUGAUACGCCAAACCCACAGAUUCAUGAAGUGUCCACUCCCUCUGAAAUGCGCUUGAUAAUGAACUUGAAAGGUGCUUUAUUGUUCUUAAGAAUGUCUUUGCCCAACAAGAGCGACUGUUUCUACACGUGCAGAUUCCUACUUGCCCUGAGAACUUUAUCUCUCAUGGGUCUUUCAGCGGCCAAAUCUAUAGCUCUGUUACCUAUACAGUAUUUGGGGAUUAAUCUCUUGAAUGUUAUGACACCAUCUGGUACCAUGCAUAUUAUCUUGGACAAUGGAAUGUGCUGUUGCCCCCACCUUGAUAUUGAUAGUGUGAACAUAACGUAUGUCUCUGUGGGUGUGUGUGAAUGCAAAAUUACCACAAGGCAUCAUUAGACUCUGCUCUCUUUUGGGGAUUAGAUGAAGAAUGGAUGCAGGAUGAUUUACAUUCAGCACACACUGAACUAGUCUCUUUUUAAUAUACAGUCCUACCGAUAUCUGCCUGCAUCCUCUGCUGCUUGUGUUUCUCCCUUCAUAUAUUUCUCUGUGAAAGCUUUGCUGAAUAAAGGUUUGGGAUUCUGUGAACAUGGCAUGCACCAUCUAAUAUUUUUCUGUGCUAAAAGAGGAGGGAAAAUGUUAACUGCCAAAUAAAAGAACCAGUUAUCUACACAU